AUAAAAAUAAACAAGAAGCUAGCAGCUUUGUUUGUUUAUUUGCAUCAAAGUUACACCAAUCUGCACCAGGUUCAGCAAAAUGUUAGGCUGUCUCUGUCAGACUAACAAAAAUAUAGGGAUAAAGAAACACGUUUGGUGUAGAAAGUGGGUGCCAUGUUGUGAAAAUAAAAAACAAAACAGCAUUUUCGAAUUCCCGCCACCAAACUGAAAUGAAUGAUAGUUGUGCAGCAUUGCCAAAUUUAAUAUGAUUGUCGAAGAAUUUAAUUUAAACGUGCACACAUCUAAAAAAAUAUUGCGAUAAAAAGGGGUUUUCAAUCGUAGACUUAUCAGAUCUAUGAACCAAGAUACAUCUUAAAUUGUCCAAAUGCUCUACUUUUUAAUUUUCCUUGAACACAACAGUGUCACAAAACAAGGAAAUUAGGGAAUAAAUCAAGGCGUUGGCAACGUACCCAUUUCAAAUGUCCAAUCCAGUCCAAUCAACUUCAUCCUCCCUGCGCCUGCGCCUUGCGCUCCCGGCUCCUUUCUGUACCCACUGUACACUGUACCCGCCGGCCGCCAUUACUCAAAAACUAACAAAACAACGAAGCGCACCAAGCCACCGCGUCAUUGCUAAUUUUUAAUUUUUUGAUAUUUUUUGAUUUCAAAUAGCAUACAAAUAGUGAGUGAUUCGUGAAAUUUGAUUUUUAUGUGUGUUUAUCUGUGUAAUAAGAAUAAUAACGACUUGGGUAAGACCACUGAGACUAAUAUUGAAUCCCUAACCUAAAAUUUUUGAUUUUCUGGUAGAUUUUGUGCAAAUUUUAGGCCCUUCUGUUUGGAGAAGUAAUUAAAGUGUGUGUUAAAUAAGAAAUUAAGGUGAAGUGAAUGUAGGUAGUUUUAAGCAGGGUUUUUCUGUAAUUAUUAUAAUUUAAAGUGAUAGGUAUUUUAUAAUUCGACUUCGCUAUGUUAAGUAAAAGCUCAAGUAAAAGUAAAGUUAGUAAGCAUUACAAAAAAACGAAAAAAAAAAUUGAAGCUUUUGAGGCUUCAAUAAGCAACAGCUUCCUUCCAGAAAACUUUCCAGGUACCCUCCCGUCUGUAUCAUCUAGUAGUACAGUUGAGGGUUUCAUUGUGUAUGAUGAUGAUAUUGCCACAAAUUCUAACUCGAAUUCAGCAACCUCUGAUUUUGAUCACCAAGUUUCUUCAGAAUCUGACAGCAAUUUUGGUGAUGAUAUUGAUCAAGAUAUUAAUAUAAAUGAUAAUAUUGAAUUAGUUUCUGAUACUACAUUAAACGUUCAGCAUAAACCUUCAAAUGAAUCAAUCUCAUUACCUGUACAAAUUUCAAACUGGGCUGUCAAUCAUAAUAUUACACAGGUAGCUUUAACAGCUUUGUUAAAAAUUCUUAAACCUGCACAUCCGGAGCUCCCUGUUGAUGCAAGGUCUCUUUUAAAUACUGGUAGGGGCAGUAACACUACGGUGAUAGAACCAGGAGAAUAUUUUCAUUUUGGAUUGGAGAAAUGUGUUCAAUCCCUUUCAGAAAUUUGUUUACAAGACCAACAAUUAGAUACCAUUGAAAUUCUUGUGAAUAUUGAUGGGUUACCCCUAUUUAAAAGCUCUGGUGGAACAUUUUAUCCUAUUCUUGUUAGUAUUUAUGGUUAUAAAAAUGUUAAUUUAGCUGGGUUAUAUUAUGGUAACUAUAAACCACAUAAUGCUAAUUCAUUCCUGAAAGAAUUUGUGGCAGAAGCCAAGGAUUUGAUCAAAAAUGGAAUUGUAUUUCAAGGAAGGAAGUUGAAGUUUAAAAUUAAAGGAUUUAUUUGUGAUGCUCCGGCAAAGUCCUUUAUUUCAUUUACAACUGGGCACUCGGGUUACAACUCUUGUACUAAAUGUCAUAUAGAAGGACAAUAUAUUGACUCUGUUUGUUUUCCAGAAACUGUAAAUUUAAAGAUACGCUCAGAUUUUGAAUUUCGUCAUAAAAUUCAGCCAGAGCAUCAUACAGGAACAUCAAUUCUAGAAGAAAUUCCAAAUUUGGACAUGAUCAAGUGCUUUCCAUUAGACUACAUGCACUUAAUUUGUUUGGGAGUUGUGAAAAAAUUGAUUUCUUUCUGGUGUGUGGGAAAACCUGAAAAUAAGUUAUCGCAUCCUCAAAUUUCAGAAAUUUCUAAUUUAUUGAACAUACAAGUGAAAAACAUUCCAGCUGAGUUUAAUCGAAAGCCGCGUCCACUUGCAGAAUUUAAAAGGUGGAAAGCAACAGAGUUCAGGCAGUUUUUACUGUAUACAGGACCUGUUGUGUUGAGAAAUAUAUUGUCCUUUGAUAAAUACAUUAACUUCUUGUGUUUACAUGUUGGUGUGACAAUUUUGUGCAGCAAUAACAAUAUGGCGUCAAUAGGUACUGAAUAUACCCAGCACUUGUUGAAAUAUUUUGUUGACACAUUUAUUACUUUAUAUGGGAAAAAAUAUGUGUCUCACAAUAUCCACAAUUUAUUACAUAUCACCGCAGAUGCAAUUAAUUUUGGAACAUUGGAUACAUUCAGCGCGUUUCCUUUUGAAAACUUUAUGCAAAAUAUUAAAAAAAUGGUCAGAAAAAAAGAAAAGCCUUUGUUGCAAGUGAUUAACAGAAAAUCAGAGAUAGACUUAUUCAAAAACAUACAUAAAAUUGCUAGUAGCUUUCCAAACUUAAAACGAGAACAUUUUUAUGAGGGCCCACUAUUAGAAUUUCAAAAUCGAGCUAUUUCUCUCACUCAUUUUAAAGAAAUAGAGCUAGAAAAUUGCGUUUUAAAAAUUUCUGAACCUGAUAAUUACUGCUGUUUGAAAAACAAAACAAUUGUAUGUAUUAAAAAUUUUACUAAAACAGAAAAUGAAAUUUUUUUCUUUGGAGAAGAAGUCUUAAAAAUAGGCAGUUUUUUUGAGAAGCCUUUAAAUUCUGAGGGAGUUGGUAUAUAUUUGGCUGAAAAAGAUAAUAAUGCAUCACUCAAGAGCUGGAGGCUAAGCUGUUUUGCAUAUAAAGUUGUCAAACUUGACUAUCAAGGAAAGUUUGUAUUUUUUCCUCUUCUACACAUGAUGUAAAAAAUGUCAUAAGUAUGUGAGUUGGGGGCCGAUGUUCUAUUUAAGCUAUUUUUUAUAAUUAUUUAAGUAUCUAUAAUAUUUUAUUUGAUUGUAUUUCGUUCAUUUUGUUGUUUAUUUUUCUUGUUAAUUAUAAUAAGUAAGUACCUGCUAGUAAAUAAGGAUGUAUAUUUUAAGUGAUACCACUAUUGCUAUAUCCAAAACGGCAAGAGCUACAAGGUCAGUUAACUUAGAAAAAAAAAUGCCUUUUUUCAUGCUCAUUUAAGUCUUGGUUACAGUGCUACCAAAUUCCUUUUAGUUCAUGAAAUACAGGGUGAUUUCCAAGAUACACCUAAAAAUAUUUCAUCCAUUAUUUCAAAAACUAUUGAUCUUCAAAUUUUAAAUUCGAUGUUAUGUGAUCAAGCUACCAUCAUCAACUUUACAAAAUGAUAAAACUUUCAAAUUUAAAUUGUGUCUCGAAAAAUCAAUAGUUUUUGAAAUAAUUGAUGAAAUAUUUUUAGACGUUUCUUAGUAAUCGCCCUGUAUUUCAUGAACUAGAAGGAAAUUGGCAACAAUGUAAACAAGUCUCUAAUGGGCAUCGAAAAAAGGAACUUUUCUAAUUUAACCGACCUUGUAGCUCUUACCGUUUUGGAUAUAGCAAUGGUGGUAUCAUUUCAAAUAUACACCCUGUAUAAUAUUAUAAUAUUAUUAUUACUUAUAUAAUACCAUCUGAUGAUACUUAUCUAUAACAAGUGAUAUUUGGUGGUGACACUAUAGUGACAAGUUGAAAUGGCAGAAGAAUCUGGAACUGUCCAAAAAACUUGGACAAUCGUUAAGUUUAUAGACGAAGAUACUGUUGCUAUGGUUCCCACAAUCUGGUUAACUAACUCUGAAAAUGGCUGGAAUUGUUUAUGGCCUCCACUGCCGGCAAACAGGAUAUCAGUGGCUGUUAGGACCCACGAAAUGAAUACUUGUUGGCCAUCUUUUAAAGUUACCAUGUUUAGAAAUACGACUUAUGAUGACUAUCAAAAAGCCAGAAAGGCAGUUUUAAAAGCCGAAGAUACCAGUGAUCUGAACACUGAUGUCGAGAUGACUGUGAGAAGAAAAAAAAUUAACAGGAUUUCAAGUGACUCCUCAGAAGAAAAUGAUGUUCUAGUGAAAAUCAGGACUCCCCCAAAAUUUACUGGGAAAUCAUUCAAAGCAAAUGAUAAAAAUGUUAAGAUGGUAAAACAAAAAUUGGUACUAAGUUCACAAUUAUCAUGUCACAAACAGAAUGCAAAGUUGUUGGAGCCAGGAACCUCAUCAGAAGGCAACAACCAAAAUCUUAGUAAGAAUGUUGAUCUCACUAAUUCUAAUCUAAAUGAUUCAUUGGGAUUCGAGAGACACGAUAACGGACAAGCAAAUGAAUCAGUUAACGCUUCUGCUCCUAAACAUGUGCAACCAAGUGUGCGACCUAGGACAAUUGCAAGUAAUAAUUCAAAUGAUCCAAAAUGUACAUGUUGUCCUGUCCAUGUUCACUAUAUAAAAGAAAUAUUGAGACAACUUACAUUUAUCAAGAGCCGCGUUGAUGAUAUUCCCAUUGAGCCAAUUUUGAAGAACCCUGUGUCUCUGCACGAGAAAUCACUCUUUGAAAACCCAGCAGUGAAUGAUGAAGCCCUCUCUGAAUUGAAUAAUGCGUUAAAGGAUACAAAUUUUUUUGAGAAAGCGGUUAAUGAGCUAUCUAGAUUAGGGGGGAGAAACAUCUAUGACUUCUGUGUUAGAUGUUUGAAAAGAAAUAAAAAGAACUUCAGUGUAAUGGAAGUCUCAAAGCUAAUAAUUGCUGCUGCUGAGGCUGGGGGCAAGGCAAAAAACAAGAAGGAGGUGGAAGAUGCGGUUUCUGGCUGGCUACGAAGGGCUAACGAUAGAAUAAAAUCGAAACGAUAAAUUUUAGGUUUUUUAUGUCUAAUAAUGUUUUGUUUAGAAUAUUAAGAGUUUAUGUUUUGUUUAAUUCCUGCAAUAAGGAUGGCAUCUCAAGUUCUGUUUAGAGUUCGAAUUGUGAUAUAAUAAGAAUAAUUGUUGAUUUUUUAUUUAGGUACCUACCUACCUACUUGUUCAAUUAUCUAUUUUCCUGGAAUAAAAGUAUGUAAUCUACUAAUGUACCAUUAAUUCAUUAUUUCAAUCAUCCAAGCUUGAAGCAAAAUUUGAAAUUUCA